AUGUCUGUCAGAGCCAUGGUGGUGAAGAAAACGAUAAACGGAGGAAAGGGGAAGAUUUCUGAGUUUUCCGAUGGAACAAAAGCCAUAUUCCACUAUCAAGCACUGUUUCCAAUAGAGAAACCAGAAAAAGGACAACCGCUUCCAGUUGAAAAAGAUAGCUAUCGUUGCAUUGACGACACCCGGAAAAGUUGGCCAGAUGGAUAUGGAAAACCGCUGGAAAUCGUUUUCGGCAAAAAGUUCCAGUUGCCAGUUUUCGAGCAUUGCCUGAAGACAAUGUUGGUCGAUGAGAUAUCGCAAUUCGACGUCGAGUGCAUCGACCUGGUUCAAUAUCCUUUUGUGUCGAAAAAAUUGAGAGAUAUUGUGAAGCCGUGUGAUGGAAAGAAACACGAUCACGGUCAUACGACUCAUAUGUGUGCGGCUAGUGUGGCUCAGGGAACCGGAUAUGACGAGCUUGACGAUCUGAUGAAGAAUCCGAGACCACUUCGAUUCGUGUUUCAUCUUCUUCAAGUUCUGGAACCCGAUCAAUACGAGCAUGACUCGUGGCAACUUGACGAAGAAGAUAAACUGAAAUCCGUUGAGGCUCUGAGACAGAAAGGAAAUGAGCUCUUUGUGAACAAGGACUAUAAGGAAGCGAUUGAUGCCUACCGGGAUGCACUAACUCGUCUAGAUACGCUGAUUCUGAGAGAAAAGCCUGGAGAGCCGGAAUGGGUUGAAUUGGAUAGAAAGAACAUCCCACUGUACUCGAACAUGUCUCAAUGCUAUCUGAACAUUGGAGAUCUUCAUGAAGCUGAAGAGACUUCCAGCGAAGUCCUAAAACGCGAGGAGUUCAAUGAGAAGGCUCUGUUUCGUCGCGCCAAAGCACGCAUCGCUGCAUGGAAACUGGAUGAGGCAGAGGAAGACCUCAAACUGCUGCUGCGCAACCACCCAGCUGCAGCCACUAUCGUCGCUCGCGAGAUGAAAAUUGUGACAGAGAAGAGGGCGGAGAAGAAGGAGGAUUCUCGUGUGACAUACUCGAAAAUGUUCAAAUAA